AUGUCACAGAAAAAUUAUAGUCUGGCCGCGGCCGCUCCGAUCUCGAAAGCAACGAAUCCAUAUCCUGUUGAUACUUCUGUUGGUCCCAUGCUUCGUUACCAAAAGUCUCUUCCCAGGCUUCCUGUGCCUGCACUUUCUGAGACUCUCGAGAAGUAUCUCAAAUCGGUUAAACCUCUUGUAAAUGAAGAAGAAUUCGCUAAAACCGUCGCUGCCGUGACUGAAUUCCAAAAGCCCGGAGGGAUUGGUGAAGAAUUACAAAGGCGACUUUUAGAGAAGGCCAACAACCCGAAUGUUAUUAAUUGGUUGGAGGAAUGGUGGAAUGAAUUAGCAUAUUUCGGCUACAGGGAUCCAGUUUGUGUUUACGUGAGCUAUUUUUUCGCCUACAAAGAUGACAAAAUCCGCAAAGAUCCAGCUGCUCGAGCCGCUUCAGUCAUCACGGCUGCUUUGGAAUUUCGCAAAUUAGUCGUGGAAGAACAGUUAGAGCCGGAAUACGCGAGAAAUCUUCCUCUUUGUAUGGAUUCGUACAAAAUGAUGUUUAACGCUUGUCGGUACCCCAAAAAACCAACCGAUUUUGAGCUAACUUUUGAUCCCGCGACAAACAAUCAUAUGACCGUUAUUCGAAAAAACAAGUUUUUCAUUGUGGAUCUGGUAAAGGAUGGGACGCAAUUGUCGACUUCUGAGAUCGAAAGCCAAAUCAAAAAGGUAUAUGAGUUAGCUGGUAAUGCCAAAGAUCCUCCAAUUGGAGCUUUUACCACCGAAAAUCGAGACAACUGGACAAAUUACCGUAACUUGCUGUUGUCUGCUAGUCCCGAAAACGAGAAAUUGCUUAAGAAGAUAGAAAGUUCAGUCUUUGCCGUUUGUCUUGAUGACACCACACCGGUUACACGUGAUGAGUUGAGUCACGCGUGUUGGGUUGGUGAUGGGCGUAAUCGCUUCUUUGAUAAAUCUUUGCAAUUCAUAAUUUUUGAAAACGGAAAGGCCGGAUUUUGUGGAGAGCAUUCAUCUAUGGAUGGAACUCCGACAUGUCGAUUAAAUGAUUUUAUUUGCACCUCGAUCGCCAAUAACAAAGUUAAUCAUGGUUCUCCUAAUGUCCGUUCGGGACUUCCAGUACCGGAACAACUUCGUUUUACAUUAAACAAGGAUAUCCUUGACGCAAUUGCAAAAGCCGAAAACAAUUUUGACGCCCUUGUUGCAAAACAUGAUCUCCGCGUAUUGUCAUAUCAGGGGUAUGGUAAAAAUGGCAUUAAAAAGUUGAGAUUCUCACCGGAUGCAUAUGUUCAAAUGAUAAUUCAAUUGGCAUAUUAUAAAAUGCACGGAGUUUCCAAGGCAACGUACGAGAGUGCACAAACAAGAAAAUUUGCUCAUGGUAGAACCGAAGUGUGCCGAAGUUGUUCUGCGGAUUCGGCGGCGUGGGUUAAAGCCAUGGAAGAUCCGCAUGUUCCAAUCGAGACCAAGGCUAAGCUUGGUCAUAAGGCGAUUACGUCUCAUGUAAAAUAUAUGGCCGAAGCCGUCGAAGGGCGCGGAUGUGAUCGUCAUUUGCUCGGUCUCCGUAUGUCACUGAAGCCAAACGAAGAACCACCAUUGAUAUUUACUGAUACGACUUAUGCAAAAUCCACACACUGGAAUCUAUCAACUUCCCAACUUUCAUCAGAAUAUUUUGAUGGAUAUGGAUGGGGAGAAGUGGUGCCAGAUGGUUAUGGUAUUGCGUAUCAAAUUAAUGCAAAUGUCUUACAUUUCAACGUCGUGUCGAUGCACUUGAAUAAUGAACACAUGUGCCACUAUCUCAAGGAGGCAGCGGACGAAAUGAAACAAGUAUUCGAAUAUGCUCAAGCGAAAGAAGGUCAUGUCCCUGCAAAACUGUAA